CUUUGGCGCCAAAUUCUUUUAUUCUAAAUCUUCCCGCCAAUCAUUUGUUCUCUUUAAUUUUCUCACUGCCAAACCCUAGAACCCACUCAAUUCACAAUCACAGAAAUCACACACAAAUUAACAUGGAGAACGAUCAGCAAGUUACGGAACCUAGACGCCGAACAAGAGGACCAGAAGCAUCAGCCAGAGCAUCCGCCUUAGAACGACUCAAAGCUCUCCGUCAAGGCGGUCGGAGAUCAGAAAAUGGCGGCGGAUAUGACCUCAAGAUGGAAACUCCAAUCUUCGACACGGUCUCCGAGCACGAUUACGACAAACUCGUAGCACGACGUCGUUCAGAGGCUCAAGGAUUUAUAGUCGAUGAUGACGGACUUGGUUACGGCGAUGAAGGCGAAGAAGAGGAUUGGUCACAGGCUGGGUUACCUCCGUCGUCAGAUGAAUCAGACGGUGGUGGAGAGGCGAGUAAAAAUAGAUCUAAUAAAAGGAAAAAAACUGAAAAGAAGGAGAAAAAUAAUAAAGAGGUAAAGAAAGUUAAUAGUUCUUUAUCAGCUGCUGCUGCUAAUAUUAUGGGAAAACAGAGAAUAUCGUCAAUGUUUACAUCGAAUGUGUUUAAAAAUAGAGAGAAGAGUUUAGAUUGCGUGAAUAUUGUUGACGAUGUUAUUGCGGAGUUUGCUCCGGAUGAAAAUGAUAGAGAAAAACGUAGAAGAAGUCAAGUGCCUGUUAAGACUGAGAGUAAUGUUGUUAAUUUCAAGGUUAAUUGUGAUAAUGUCGUUAAUUUAAGGCAGAAUUGCAGUGUUAAUGGGAAUGAAGGGGUAAUCAUGGAGGUAAAAACGGAGGAGGAAGAACAUAAGAAUGGUGGAGAAAUGAUGGUUGGAGUGAACGAGGAGAUAGUAGCCACGGAGGCAGCUGCUGCAGCUGCAGUGGUGAAGGAGGAGGGAAUUGAGAGUGAGAGAGGACCCAUGCUUAAUGCGAAGAUUAGUGUUGAAGAGAGGGAUCCUGCUUUGAGUGCUACUGCUGAUUGGCAGGCUGUGAGGUGUGGUGGAGAUGUAAUUGUGGAAAGUGGUGUUAAUAAGGAGGUUAAGUUUGAGGGAGUUUGUGAUGAGCAAUCGGAGUUUGAGUUGGAGGCUGAUGGUUCGUUGCCUUUUUAUAUGAUUGAUGCUCAUGAAGAAGUUUUUGGUGCUAAUAUGGGUACUCUUUAUCUCUUUGGGAAGGUCAGAGCAGGGAAUACAUAUCACAGUUGCUGUGUGGUUGUGAAGAACAGUCAAAGAUGUGUUUAUGCUAUUCCAAAUGGCUCCAUUUUUCAUACAGAAGACAUGAUCAGGCUUGAGAAAGAUGCUGAAGAGUCUCGUAUUUCUUCUGCUGAGUUUCGUAAAAAGCUGCAAGAUGUAUCUUACGAACUAAAAAGUGAAAUUGCAAGCCAAUUUUUAGCUCGCAAUGUUUCAAGUUUUAGCAUGAUGCCGGUUAAGAGGAAAUAUGCAUUUGAAAGAUUCGAUAUUCCUGUUGGGGAGAAUUAUGUACUCAAGAUCAACUAUUCAUUCAAGGAACCUCCACUUCCAGCAGAUCUAAAAGGAGAAACAUUUUGUGCACUGCUUGGAACUCAUUCUAGCGCUUUGGAGCUUUUUCUUGUCAAAAGGAAGGUAAAGGGGCCUUCAUGGCUAUCAGUUUCUAAAUUCUCAAUAUGUCCGGCUUCUCAAAGGGUGAGCUGGUGCAAGUUUGAGAUGAUUGUUGAUGCACCAAAAGAUAUACGGGUUUCUUCCUCAAAGAACCCAUUUCCUCCGGUGGUUGUUACAGCAAUAAAUUUGAAGACCAUCAUUAACGAAAAGCAGAAUGUCAAUGAGAUAGUCUCUGCAUCUCUCAUUUGCUGUCACAAGGCUAAGAUUGACACACCAAUGCUGCCCUCGGAAUGGAAGAAUCCUGGUGUGCUGAGCCAUUUUACUGUUGUAAGAAAGCUUGAUGGGGGAAUAUUUCCGAUGGGUUUCUCCACAGAGGUGACUGAAAGGAAUACAAAAGCUGGAUCAAAUGUUCUAGGAUUUGAAAGCAGUGAAAGAGCUUUGUUGAAUCGUUUAAUGAUUGCAUUAAACAAAUUGGACAGUGAUGUUCUUGUUGGACAUAACAUAUCUGGGUUUGACCUGGAUGUCCUCCUCCACAGAGCUCAGGCUUGCCGUGUUCCAAGCAGCAUGUGGUCCAAAAUUGGCCGUCUCAAGCGUUCCGUGAUGCCUAAGCUUACAAAAGGAAAUACCAUGUUUGGUUCUGGAGCAAGUCCAGGGAUCAUGUCUUGCAUUGCUGGUCGGCUUUUAUGUGAUACAUAUUUGUGCUCCCGAGACUUGCUAAAAGAGGUUAGUUAUUCCUUGACACAACUAGCAAGGACACGCCUGAAUAAAGAUCGGAAGGAGGUUACUCCAAAUGAUAUUCCUGGAAUGUUCCAGACAAUGAAAUCCCUCAUUGAAUUGAUUGAAUAUGGUGAGACAGAUGCAUGGUUAUCUAUGGAACUAAUGUUUCAUUUAAGUGUUCUUCCUCUCACGCGUCAGCUAACUAAUAUUAGCGGCAAUCUCUGGGGAAAAACUCUUCAAGGUGCCAGGGCACAGAGAGUAGAGUAUUUUCUACUGCAUGCAUUUCAUGCAAAGAAGUAUAUGGUACCUGAUAAGAUUUCCUUUAAUGCAAAAGAAACAAAAAUUUCAAAACGUAGAAUAGAUAAUGGUGCUGAAGUUAAAAAUGAAGAGUUGGAUGAUCAUGCCAAUUUUGGCAAUAACGUUCCAGAGAGUGACCGCGGAAAAGGGAAAAAAGGCCCUGCAUAUGCAGGAGGUCUGGUUUUGGAACCCAAAAAGGGUCUAUACGAUAAAUUUGUAUUGCUUCUGGACUUCAAUAGUCUUUACCCUUCUAUUAUUCAGGAAUAUAAUAUUUGUUUCACGACAGUUGAAAAAUCUACAGAUGGAUUAAUUCCCCGUUUACCUUCUAGUAAAAUAGAUGGAGUUCUACCUGAGUUGCUGAAAGAUUUGGUUGAAAGGAGGAGGAUGGUGAAGUCUUGGAUGAAAAAUGCUUCUGGCCUCAACCUUCAGCAGCUUGACAUACAGCAACUGGCACUAAAACUCACAGCAAAUAGUAUGUAUGGAUGCCUUGGAUUUUCAAAUUCAAGAUUUUAUGCAAAGCCUAUUGCUGAGCUUAUUACUCUACAGGGGCGGGAGAUUCUGCAGAGUACUGUGGAUCUCGUGCAAAAUAAUUUGAACUUGGAGGUCAUAUAUGGUGAUACAGAUUCCAUCAUGAUUUAUAGCGGAUUAGACGACGUCACAAAAGCAAAAGCUAUGGCAGGAAAAGUCAUUCAGGAGGUUAACAAGAAGUAUAGACGUUUAGAAAUUGAUCUUGAUGGCGUGUACAAGAGAAUGCUGCUUCUCAAAAAGAAAAAAUAUGCAGCUGUCAAACUGCAAUUCAAAGAUGGGACACCAUAUGAGGUCAUUGAACGUAAAGGUCUUGACAUGGUUCGCCGUGAUUGGAGUUUGCUAUCAAAGGAACUGGGAGAUUUCUGCCUCGCUCAAAUAUUGUCUGGGGGGUCAUGCGAGGAUGUCGUUGAGUCAAUACAUAACUCCCUUAUGAAGGUUCAAGAAGAAAUGAGGAAUGGACAAGUAGAACUUGAGAAAUACAUUAUUACAAAGACAUUGACUAAACCACCUGAAGCUUACCCUGAUGCCAAAAACCAACCCCAUGUUCUAGUAGCACUAAGGAUGAAGCAAAGUGGCUAUAACACUGGUUGCUCUGUUGGUGAUACAGUGCCGUAUAUCAUUUGCUGUGAGCAGGGUGCUACUUCAGGCAGUGUGUCAGGAAUUGCUCAGCGAGCUCGACAUCCCGACGAAUUGAAAAAAGAUGAUGGAAAAUGGAUGAUAGAUAUAGAUUACUACUUGUCACAGCAAAUCCAUCCUGUGGUAUCGCGUCUUUGUGCUUCAAUUCAAGGCACAAGUCCGGAACGUUUGGCUGAUUGUUUGGGCCUGGACUCAUCUAAGUUCCGAAAUAAAUCAAGUGGAGCGAUAAACAAUGAUCCUUCUAGCUCACUUUUGUUUGCCGGCAAUGACGAGGAGAGAUAUCGGAGUUGUGAGCCGUUGCUCUUGUCAUGUCCAACCUGCUCUAGUACUUUUGAAUGUCCGGCUGUUUUCAAUUCCGUUUGUAUGUCGAUCAGUGCGAACCCAACAACAGCGCAGAUAGAUAAAUCUAAGUCAAAUUUCUGGCGGAGGAUGCGCUGCCCUAAAUGCCCAGAAGAAGGUGACAUGGGGAGAAUAUCUCCUGCAAUAAUAGCAAAUCAGGUCAAAAGGCAAGCAGAUGGGUUUGCGUCUAUCUAUUACAAGGGCACAAUGACGUGUGAUGAUGAAACUUGCAAGCUUACUACUCGCAGCCUUAAUCUACGGCUGAUAGGUGAUUCGGAAAAAGGAACGGUUUGUCCGAACUAUCCUCGCUGUAACGGUCGUCUUGUGAAAAAGUACACCGAAGCGGAUCUCUACAAGCAGCUCUCAUUUUACUGCCAUCUAUUGGAUACCGUACGUUGCAUUGAAAAGAUGGACGCAAACGAAAGGAUACCUAUAGAAAAAGAGAUGAGCAAAAUCCGGCCAAUGGUUGAUUUAGCAGUUUCAACAGUGCAAAAGAUAAGGGAUCGGUGUGCUUAUGGAUGGGUGCAGAUGAGCGACUUAAGUGUCACAGUUUGAGCUGGCAAGUGAUGUGUGUAUAUAUAUAUAUACAAGUUCAAGGUCAAGUCAGAGUGUUUUGUCAUCUUGGUAAAAUUGUGCUUUCAUAUAAAAAAACAAAUAAAUCGAUUAUUUAUUUGUUUGUUGUGUCAAUAUUUGAAAUUUUAGUCGAGGGUCUAAGCCUCAAUCAGGAUGAGAACAAAUUUGAACUUGAAAAUAAUUAAUUUUAAUAUUAUCAUAUUAAACAUUUAAA